AAUUAAUAACAUCAAAAAAAAUAUAUAGCAAAAAAAAAUGAAGUAAAAAUGGUAAAAAACGAGCAAUGAAUAUAAUGAGAUACCAUUUGCACAUUUGCACAAUUGCACAAUAUCUUGGUGUUGUUCUUGCAAUCUUGCUUCCUCUGCUUUUUGCUCCUCUUUUCCCCCCUUUUCUUGGACCCGCUUAUGCAGCAACCCUUUCGCCGUCUUCUCCUACCCACCUGUAAUCCUCUCUCUUCUUUCUCUCUCCACCCCUGAUUAUUUUGAAGGAAGCUUCUAGAUUACUGUGAUUAGCUCCUCUUGAAAUCUGAGAAGAAGUUGCUAAAAAUUCUGAUUUCCCAGAAAUUUUGUGCCUUUCCACUUUUGAUUUUUCAUGAUUGGUUUUCUUGGGAAUUGAAUUUUGAGUACAAACUCAGCUAAUUCUAGGCUUUUCAGUUUCUGGGUGUUCUUCCUUUUGCUGCCAAUUAUAGGUAGGAUUCGGGUUUUUUUUAGCAAGAAGAGGUUUAUGUUGUUGAAGAGACAAUUUUGAUCUGUAGUAUGCCUUUAACUGAGCUUGUUAACAUGUUCAAAGGGAAAAUGGAAGUCCCCCAUGAAGUUGCCUCUACUUCUAUUGAUCCUUCUUCUAGACCUGAUACUGAUUGUGUUGAGCUAGUUUGGGAAAAUGGUCAGAUCAUGAUGCAGGGUAAUAAACCUAGAAAAAGCAAUGUCUCAAGCAAUUUUCAGUCAUUUGGCAUCAAGCCUCAAGAUGGUAGGAAUGUUACUAAUUAUUCGAAAAUGACCAAGUUUAGUACAAUGGAUUCUGAAAUGGUUGAUUUCCCAUUUUCAGUUCCUUCUUGUGAAAUGGGUAUGGAUCAAAAUGUUGACUUGGUACCUUGGUUAAAUUAUCCCAUGGAAGAACCUUUACAUAAUGACUACACUUCUGACUUCUUGAAUGAGCUAUCAGGAGUUACGAUUAGCGAUCUCCUUACCGAGAACCAUUUACCAUACCGGGAAAGGAAGAGUAGUUUUCAUGGUGACGGGCAUGAAACUUCCGCGAGCUUGAAACAUAUCAAUUCAUCAUCUAAGUUAUUUUCAAGUGAUAAGAAGGAUAAUAGAGGUGGAAGUAGUGAGGUGCCACAAUUUUUGUUGCCAUUUCAGCAUAGUGUACCAAGAUCAGGUAUUUCUGAUAUUACUGCUAACAAUGCAGACAAUAUCCACCAUUUUGGUUCACGAGACUCCACGCUUAAUCCAUCAUCAUUAAGUGCUUUUACCAGCUUGAGAUUGCAGAAGCUAGAUGCAGGGCAAGCUAGUACUACUACUACUAGCUCAGGUUUUACAAAUUUUCCCUGUUUUUCGCGGCCUUCUUCUGUUUCUAGAGCUAAUCAUGUGACUGUAAACCCUUCGAAGAGAUUAGAGUAUGAUAAUAAAAGGUGUACCUUGAGUAGUAGUAAUCCUGGUAGUUCUACUCUGGUUAAUUUGGAUAUUGGUUAUUCCCAAAAGGAAAUAGUUUCUCACAACCAGUCGAUUAUGGCACCGGAAAAUGGCAUUUCAGAAGCUUUGCCCACAAAGCCAACUGAGGAGCUGCUUUCUGCUAAUCAACCUUUACAUAGAGAAGACAUUGCUAAUAGUCACGCGUCACAGAAUCAAGUGUGUGAUGCACCAAUGAGCAAAGUGGGUGCUAGUGGUGAUAGGAACAUGGAGCCAGUAGUUGCUGCAUCUUCUGUAUGUUCAGCCAAUAGUGGUGCAGAUAGAACUUCAAAUGAGCCUGCACGUAAUUCGAAAAGGAAAUCUCGUGAAACUACAGAAUCAGAAGGUCCUAGUGAAGAAAUCGAAGAGGAAUCAGUGGGUGCGAAAAAAUCAGGUCAUGGUCGCGGUGGCUCAAAGAGAAGCCGAGCUGCAGAAGUGCAUAAUCAAUCUGAAAGGAGAAGAAGGGAUAGAAUUAAUGAGAAGAUGCGUGCAUUACAAGAGCUCAUACCCAACUGCAAUAAGGCGGACAAAGCUUCUAUGCUUGAUGAGGCUAUAGAGUAUUUGAAGACACUACAACUUCACGUACAGGUAUUGUCAAUGGGUGCUGGGUUGUUCAUGCAUCCGAUGAUGCUACCACCAGGAAUGUUGCCCAUCCAUGGAGCACACAUGCCACAUUUCUCACCUAUGGGGCUCGGAAUGGGAAUGGGAAUGGGGAUGGGUUUCGGGAUGAACAUGGUCAACAUGAAUACCGGCACGAAGAUGGUACCUUAUCAAGGGUCACAUUACCCUAUCCCUGGAACCGGACCCAUGUUUCACGGGAUGCCGGGUUCUAAUCUUCAGACUUUUCCGCAUCCUGGUCAAGCAUUACCUAUGUCCCUUCAACAACAAGCUUCUAUAGUUCCCGCUUCAAUUUCAGGAAGUCAUUUGAAGAUGCCGAUGGGAUUAAAUGUUUCUGGUGUGUCACAUUUAGCUCCAUCUAGUAUUAAAACGGAUGCUAACCCACAAGUGAUUUCCAUGAAUCAGGCAACUAAUCAGGCAUCAAAAGAGGGUUUCCAGCAGUUUGCUUUGUGCCAUAAUCAAGCUCAAGGUGUUAAUGCCUCAGAAACUGCUGAAGCUGCCAACAGAAAAGAUGACAGGAACCUGUUACCUGACUCUUAAUGGAAAAAGGUGACAAACUGUACUGGAGUAUUACCCUGCUUCUAAUCAAUGUAUAUAUUCUGAGAUUAGAUGCACAAAACGGUGAAAAGUUCAUCCGGCUGCUGUGAAGUACGACCAGUGGCCAGAGUUUUUGCCUCCGGCUAAAAGUGAAGUGUUUUUGCUCUCUGAGAACAUCAGUUCUUUUGUAGAUCUGUACAUUUCAUGAAGAUGACAUUGUACUUUUGUGUCUUAGUGUAAGUGCUGGUCUUCUCUACAGGUGUAUAUGUGGUUUCAAAUGUAUAUUUUCCACCGCGAAAAUUCAGUUUUUUUUUUCUUUUUUGAUAUAGUAAUACUAGUAUAUGAAGAAAUUAUUGUCAUACAUGUAAUAAUUCAAGGGAACAGAUCCCCUUGGCCUUAGCUAACAUUAGUUAGUAGUUGGAAGUUUCCUACCUUACAGUAAACAUAUUGUAAUGAGUGUAUGAUGUAAUAUGAAAUAAAUAGGGUCACUAUUUUUCUUUUGUCUA